UCAGCUCUGCCUUCAUAGUUCUCUAAACUUUUCCAGGAGCAGGAGAAAAUGAACACAGCCCAGGGAUCGGUGUUGUUCGAGGAUGUAUCGGUGGACUUCACGCAGAAGGAGUGGCAGUCGCUGGGCCGUGCUCAGAGACUCCUGUACAGGGAUGUGAUGCUGGAGAACUACGGGCACCUGGUGUCCCUGGGUCACUGUGUUUCCAAACCUGAGCUGAUACUCAAGUUGGAACAAGAAGAAGAACCAUGGAUAUUAAAAGGACAGCUCCCAAGUGAGAGCCACCCAGAAGUUCAAAGAACCAAUAACAUGGAAGAGAUAAGCCAAGAAAAUGAAGACAAGUAUUUGAGGCAAGGUUUAUUCAUCAACAACAAAACAUUGACUGAGGAGAGAAAUAAGACCUUCAGAGAAACACUUAAUAUGACCACAUAUCCAGUACCCUCAAAAAAAAUAUCCCAUCAAUGUGACCCAUUUGUAACAAACUUGAAAAGUGUUUUUGAAUUAGUUAUUAGUAACAGAAGCAGUGUGAGAAAAAAAUCUAAUGAUUUCAAUGGAUGUUGAUUCCUUACUACUGUGCAUGAGAAAACCCAUACAGGGAACAAGCCCAGUGAAAAUGAUCAAAAGAGG